UUAUGACUUCUAGAGAAGCAAGUGUUGAGAAUUGCUUCUUUGCCUUUCUCUCUCCUUUCUGCUGGCAAUGGCAACUCUGCAUUCUCUUGCAUUGUCCUCUCCGCUCUACAAAAUUCAGAAGCCACGCUCAUACUCAGUCCCUUCUUCAAUUGUCAAUGGAAGCUUGAACUUAAACUCCUCAUUCAAUGGUCAAUAUUUACAAGUGCCUCGUUUGAGGUUACCAAUGAUAACACAAAAAACUCCAAUGUACAUGCCAGUUAUCAUGAUGGCGAAACCGAAAAUACAGUUCAUUCAAGGAACUGAUGAACUGACAAUACCAGAUGUGAAGCUGACAAAAUCAAGGGAUGGAACAAAUGGUAUGGCUAUCUUCAGGUUUGAUCAACCCUCCGUGUUUGAUUCAUCUGGAGAAGUAGGUGAUAUUACUGGUUUUUACAUGAUUGAUGAGGAAGGAGUCCUUCAAUCUGUUGAUGUAAAUGCUAAAUUUGUCAAUGGAAAGCCCUCAGGAAUUGAAGCUAAGUAUAUAAUGCGGACUCCACGCGACUGGGAUAGGUUCAUGAGAUUUAUGGAGCGAUACUCCAAUGCUAAUGAUUUGCAAUUUGUAAAGUAUUGAGUUAAAUGUGUUAACUUUUUCCCUUCUAUUCCUUUGUCCUCUCUCAACAAGUUUGUUUUCUGCAUUUUAGUUACCAUGUAACUGUUUUCCUAUAGAUUUCAAAGCUCAUUGUUCUACGGCUUUCUUUUAUUAUGUUUUGGAAAAAUCGCAAGAAAUUUUGUUAGGAAAUAUUGUAAUACCAGUAUGCAGCUGCAUUGCAAUUCUGUAAGCAUGUUUUGUCAUUUGUUUUUUCUA